AUGGGUUACGCUCUGAUCCAACGCUGGCUGUGUUUCUGUUGUCUGACGGGUCUCUUACAAACUGCGAGCAAUCUGACCUUUCAGGCAGUUAGCUAUGGUGAGGUCUUCAAGUUCAGCUCUCCCCAGAACAAUACGGAACAGAUGCUUCGACACGCCGGAAAGCUUGUUGUCUACUCACGAUGUCUCCGAAAUUGGGGCUAUGUCGUCUUCGCUAGUAACGAGGCCAUAAUUGCUCAGCCCCAAAUCACCAUCAAUGUCAGAACCCUGCAACAUACUUUCCUCUUUCAGAUUUUCUCCCUAAUUGGCUUUUCUUGUCUCGUGGUUUGGGGACCAAUAAAGCCGCUGCGUUUCAACAACUGUUCCGCAGAGUCUGAUCUUCGUUUACAUCUCCUAGUUCCUGAUCCUGGCAGUGAACUGAACUCCUUUGAGCUUCUGUUUGUUAACACCAUGCCUGCCCUAAUCUUCACGCUGGUUAAGUUUUCUAUGCUGACAGCUGUGUUUCAGCAUGGCAUCUGCGAUAUCGGGAUAGAAAAGCGGCUCUCCUUCCUGGCUACCCAGCGACGCCUAACCUGCUUCAUCUUCAGCGCCUUGGUGACUUUCGGGGUAACUGAUACCUUCGUGGGGCAGGCCGCCGCGAAGCAUUUCGCCUUUCAUCAAUGGACCUGGCACGCCGUGGCUGCCAUCUACGACUGCAUAAUCCACGUGGGCUUUGUUGCUCUUUACAUGGCCGAGGAAUCUGUGAGCAGGACACUAGCGUUACUAGGCAGGCUGAAGUCUAGCAAACGCUACGAGAUCUGUCAUCCCUUGGAGCUUUGCGCUGGACGUCUACUGUGCCCUGUAUCGACGAACGCAACACCCCAAAUGGUUAUAUAUCGUACACCUACCCAUAGACGACCUAGAUUUCGAAAAAGACACCAUCAACUGGUCAUAAAUAAGUAAGGGGGCAUACUUUUACCGUCUGUAAAAUAAAGUGUACAUUUUUUCUUACUCGAUUGUAUUUCUCGAUGGUAUGUGAACACCCACCUCCCACACAGGCAAAAAGCUUUUAUUCAGAAGAAAAGAUGGCGAGCGAACUUUGCUUUCGGUAAAUUCUCUUCAGGCCAGUACAGUUAUAUGGGACGGGGUACAGUGAGUGAAAAAAUCGAUAAAAGUUAUUUUUAAAAGAACAGGCUAGACAGGAGCGGAAGGACACAGAAAGUUGUAUGUGGUUAGUUAACCGUUGACCACGGUAAGAGCGGAGCCUGAUUGAGAUUCUUCUGGGUGAAUAUGGUCGGUUUUCGUAACCUGAUGGCGGCCGCUUCUGCUGUUGCUAACAGGCGCUGGCUCAGUAGCUUAGGGUUGCUCGAGGGGGCAUUAUAAAUCCCACGAAAUGCUUCAGCGGGGUCAACACGACUCUAAAAAGCUUUUAAAUGGAGUCCCUACUUCAACGAGUAGAAAAAAUCACAAAGGUGACCGACAAACCACAUGUAGGAUUGCUUGGCCAGCAUCAAUCAAGCCCUUCUAUCUAGUUUUUGUUGGUGAAUCCGCUAAUAACUGUGUAGACUUCGUUUCUCAAUGUAGCCAUUCACCAGUCACCAUUGGGAAAUUCUAAAGGGUCCUUCACCCGUGUCAGUUAUGCUAACACCUUCAGAACUUUGCAUUUAUUAAAGGACCUCGUCGCAUUUGACAAUAAGGUUGAGGGAUAGGUACUCACUACCGGAUAAAACCUGCUUGAUUGGCGUAAGAACAGUGGCAAGAUGCGUGAACUUACUCGACGCAACUUCCUUCCCAAAGGUGCGCUGCUUCUGACUUUUCUGGAAUAACGUAGCGUAGGCAUAAAAAAUAUCCCCUUACUACCCAUUAAACUGUUUUAUUUCUCAGACGCCACUCAGUUGCAGAAAGGGGUGUCAACACCAAACGUAGGUUUGCAUGAAAAGGAUGGGGAAAACGGGCUUGAAUGUUGAUUUCGAAGACAAAGUUAGCCCGAUUUUAAGGUGAAACAUGAAAACGACUUUUGAAAUUGAACGACCUGAAAUUGACAAAAUAAAGACAAGUGGUCCACGACGAUGAUUAAAAGAUUUACUUAUUUGAAAUGGAAAAGUUGUUCAUAAUUUUCAGAUUUCAAAUAUCUUAGGUGGAGUAUAGUAUUAUACCGGCCGUAUAAAGUUCAGUAGAAUUCUUUUAGUGAGUGUCAACUCACGUAUUCACUGAAACAUGAGCCCUACUGACUACAGAGAACAGCCUGUAGAAGAAACCCGUAGCUGGAUCAUGACACAAAAGCCCACUCUACAUAGGUAAAAAUGAGAUGCUGCGGAGACACAGAAUCCAAAUAAGUACAGUAAAGAUACGUUUUUUUGUUUAAAAAGGGCUAAAGGAUCUCGGCGUGAAAGUUGAAACGAUCAGAUGAUUCAAAAAAGCUCCCAUGCACCCUCCUCUAUCUUCACUUCCUUCCCAUCUACCUCCUCCUCCUCCUCCUCCUCUUCCUCCUGCUCAUCAACAUCAUCAUCAUCAUCACCACAGCCACCACCACCAUCAUAAUAAUAAUCACCAUCGUCACUAUCGAAACCUCCGUCAUUGUCAUUACAACCGUAAUAUCAAAUACUUAA